GAAAACUCGAUCCUUCUCUUUUGCCCAAUUCUCCAUCAUCUUGACAUGUGAUGGUAAAGUUUGCAUCGAUCAAACAGGUGUUGCAAGUGUUUGACCCGGUACUGCCAUUUUUGGGUGCGGAUGUGGUAGUUUGGAGUCUAGCUCGAUGUGUGAUCAUCCAUUGCCAAUGUGUUUUGAAACGGCCAUGUCCACUUGGCUGUAUUGACAACUCGCAUUUGCUGCGCGCGACACGGAAAUGCUGCUUUGUGAAUGGACUGAGAUUACAGGAUGAAUAGGAUGGUCGGUAUAUAUGGGCAGGGCCGUGUUGGUUGUCGGGCCGGUCAAGCCUUCCGCUUAUCAGAAACCUUCCGGAAGUGUCGUCUUUGGUGGCUAUGACUAUGAUUGUUCCAAGGCAAGCGUUAUGCGACGCGGGCCAACUCUGAAGGUGUGGAGACGCCCUGCCAACUGUACUGUAGCUAUCACAUCGGACAAAUUGUGCCCAUGAGUAGUUGGUGCGCGGAGAAAGUUUGCGAGUGAAAUGCCAAGGGGGUUAUUGACCGGAGUGCACGAUAAGCGAGGCC